AUGUCAAAAAAUCGUAUCACUCAAUUAGACAAAGCUAAGCAAGAAUCUUGUGCUGAUCUAGAAGUUCAAUUAAAUCAUUUACCUCUUGGUGCAAUGAGGAUUCAACAAGUAAUUGAGAAAUUCUUUGAAGAAAAUCUCGCCAGUCUACGUAAGAAAAUUGAACACAAAAUUCCGUUGGUACAAUAUGAUUUUGACGAGGAAGUCUUAAAACUCGAAUAUCUCAAACAGAAUCCACCUGAAGUUCAAAUACAAUUAGCAGAAGAACUCUGUACUGCUAAACAACAAGAAGAACUGAGCAAAUUUACAUCCGAACUACUCGAUCAACAAGUUAUUCGUUAUAAUGAUUCCACAAAAUUUGAUCAACUACCUAUUACUCGUGUUGCUUUGUUUGAUUCCAUUCGUAAUGUGGACGUUCAACAACAUUUCUAUGCUCAAUGUCGACAAAUAAGUGAACAAACGAAGACAGAUAUGAUCACUCUCUAUACUCAGUCAGCUACAAAUCAACAGAAACGUUAUCAGAAUCAAUUUAAUGAUAAAAUGACAAAAAUGCGAGAAGAACAACGCUUUCUUCCCGAUGAACAAAAACUAACCACGAAAAUGAUUGAAUUGAUCGAACAACGUGCCCAUCUGAUUGAAGAACGACUCAAAUGUAUUUAUAAUUUUAAAGUUCAAACAUUUACCUUUGAAUUAUAA